CACACCCCUAAUUUAAGUAAGUGGAAUAACGGAAACAACAAUUACCGAGCCUUUCUCGUUUUCGUCAAUAAUAAAAAAUAAAGCUGAAGGCUGUGAAGAAUCCAACUGGAAUUUAUGCAGAGCGCUCUAUCUUUCUCUCUCUUGAACUCUAAAGAUUUUGGGUAAGAGUUACUGUAGCUGAUCGCCAUUGCCGUUACAGUGCCAUUUAAACCCUAAAACGCUUCAAUCAACAAAUAAGGUCGUCAUCAUCUCCUUCUUAGCUCUUUUCUUGCAGGAGCUAUAAUUUUGUAGAGCCACUAAGUUCUUCAUUUGUAAAUUUGUAACAUUGGCUUCACUUACACUGUAUUGAAGUAUCAAGUUGUCUUUUGGACAUUGUGGAAAGAAGAUGGCUAUUGAGAGUAGUAACAAACAAGAAACACGCGCUCUGACUCCAUUAAGAGUCCUACGUGGCGUGUUCUGUUUACUAAUCUUGCUUUCAACAGCAUUCGUGAUAUUGGUCUUCUGUGGUUUCUUCACAGCUGUGAUCCUAAGAUUUUUCAGCAUACAUUACAGCAGAAAAGCAACAGCGUUUUUCUUUGGAAGCUGGCUAGCUUUAUGGCCUUUUUUAUUUGAGAAAAUAAACAAAACUAAAGUAAUCUUUUCUGGAGAAACUCUUCCAGAAAGAGAGGAGAGAGUCUUGAUCAUUGCCAACCACAGAACUGAAGUUGACUGGAUGUAUUUAUGGGAUCUCGCCUUGCGAAAAGGGCGUUUAGGGUAUAUUAAAUAUGUCCUCAAGAGCAGUUUAAUGAAGCUCCCUGUAUUUGGUUGGGCUUUUCACAUUUUGGAGUUCAUUUCAGUGGAGAGAAAAUGGGAAGUUGAUGAGUCAACCAUGCGACACAUGCUUUCAUCUUUUAAAAAUCAUCAAGAUCCUCUCUGGCUUGCUGUUUUCCCCGAGGGCACCGACUUCACUGAACAGAAGUGCAUUCGGAGCCAAAAAUAUGCAUCUGAAAACGGGCUGCCUAUCUUACACAGUGUCCUACUCCCAAAAACAAAGGGAUUUGCUGCCUGCAUGGAGGAACUAAGGGACUGUUUGGAUGCAGUUUAUGACAUCACAAUUGGGUACAAAAACCGUUGCCCAACAUUCUUAGACAAUGCAUUUGGGGUGGCUCCUUCAGAAGUUCAUAUCAAUGUGAGGCGUAUUGUAGUGAAUGAUAUCCCGGAGUCUGAAGAAAAGAUUGGUUGUUGGUUGAUGGAUACGUUUUCCAAAAAGGAUAAAUUGCUUUUGGAUUUUCAGUCGAGAGGAUGUUUUCCUCAUCAAGGAACAGAAGGGGAGAUUGCUGGUGUCUCAUGCCUGAUGAAUGCUGUUGGGGUGGUGUUGGUGGGUUCCGGUGGUUUGACAACGAUACAUAUCGAUAGAGUAGAUGACGUCUUUCGAGUGCAGAUCGCUUGGAGACUUUCAAGUGCAGAUUGA